AAUAUCUUAAAUAAUCCCAAAAACGGUUUAUAUUUGGACCAAAAUGCAGAUCUUAAACUCCAAAAGAUUUUAUGACGUUACAUGUCCGGGUGUGAUUUAGAAACAUCUCUGCUGCCAUCUAGCGGAUGGUUCGGUUACUCCCUGCAAACAGGCAGCCUCUGGAGCUCCGCGGUGAUGGCGGCGGGACGAGGCGAGUUUUUUCAAAGCCUUUUGGAGGGUUUGCAACGGCAGCCUGCCCAACGGGUUCCGGAGACGGGACAACCGAUCCGCGGCAGAGGCAAGCCGCGACCCGGGGGAAGGUUUCCCGGUCAGGGGAGAGGAUUUUCGGGCCAAAGGAGGAAGGAGCGACAGAGGAAAGUUGCAACUCGAAGCUCGGGUGGCGAGACUGAAGCUAGUCCCCGUGCAGGGCCGACAAAAGAAGGCUCCCAUAGAAAAUCAUCUCCAUGCAAGCUAAACCUACUGGAAAGUCUUCCCUCAGAGAUCCUGGUGAAGAUCCUGUCCUACCUGGACCCGUCCUCAUUGUUCUGCCUCAGCCACGUGAGCAGACUCCUCCAUCAGCUCUCCAAUGACGACGUCUUGUGGCAGAGGAUUUACACGUCAGAGUUCGGCAGCCGGAACUGGAGGCUGAAGACAUCGGAGAAGUGGAUGGAGGCGGAGGAUUGUUGGACGAGCCGCUGGAAGAGGCUGUACUUUAAAUCGAUGGCUGGGCAGGAGAUGAACAAGUGGAGGAAACCCCUGAAAGACGUCAGUCCGUACACCGGCCUGCCGCGGCAGACGGAGUGGGCCCUCAGGAGCCUGAAUGUGAGCUGGGAGCUGACGCUGUGUGAGCGUUUGGGUCAGGAGCACACGCUGGAGCAGAGCCAGGCACACUUCUUUGAGUCGUCUGUGAUUGUUCACUGGAGCGAUGGAAUCCACAUGAAGUUUCAUCACAUCAGCACCAUUCAGCUGCACGGCGUCAGGAAGGAUCCUCGGAGCAGCAUCCAAACCAGGAAACCCAAUUGGCGCUCCCUGAUCUUAAAGCUGGACGCAGGAAGUCCAUCUCUUGUCAUCGGCAAAGACAGACUGAUCAAGGUGUUGCUUCUGCAGCCGGGGGUCAUCGUUGGAGUCUGGAGGGGAAAGAACCAGGUGGCCUUCAUCAUGAUCAGCCUUCACUUCCACAAGCUGGUGGAGAAAAGUCUGCUGGGCUCUCCAGCCUGCCCGUACUCUGAGCCUGUGGAGCUUCCUCCUGUGGACGACGCGGACCCCGACCUCGGUCUCCACGGCUACAGUUUGCACUUCGUUCUGCACAACACCGGCACCGAGAUCAUGUCGGGACACUUCCAGCAGCUGUUCUGCCACAAAGCUCAGAUUCAGCGCGGCCUGGUGGAGCUCAAGGUCAUCCAGAGGUCAGACCUUUCUCAGCACAGAUCGCUAUCUGGCAGCAUCAGACUUCCCUGGAGACAUGAGGACAUGAAAGGAGCAGUGGAGAACUGCUGCAUCAUGAGCCUGACUCUGCUGGAUGAGUUCCAGAAACCGUUCUGGUGCGUCAGCACGCCCAUCCACAUCACCAUGGCCAAGAAGGCCUGGUGCUGCGACUACAGCGGCCACGACUUCCAGAUGCUGUACAGGACAGCGGACGGCGAGGUGAAGAUGCUGCUGGUGUGGCUGGAGGAGCAGAAGCAGUUCUUCCUCACCGGCCUCACCGUCUGCAUUCCCGUUGCCAAAGUCAACAAGCGAUUCAGCAGGGAGUACUGAAACUGGACAUCGGGGCGUUUCACGCAGAGUUGUUGGUUUCCAUCUGCAGGUUUAGUUUCUGUUAUUAUUGCUAGCAAAGAUGGACUUGUUUAAAAGCUCGCUUCUGAAUUUGAUGUGGAUUUUUCCAAAGGUUUAAGAUUAAUUGAUUUUUAGUUUAGAGAAAAACAUAUUUUUUUACUUUUUGAUGCCAAAGAGAUCCAACAUGAAGGUUCCUGUUGGAAAUGUGCGUGAUUAAUUUGUAUUAACUAUUAAAUAUUAAUUUAAAUAAACUGUUCAAGUCACCUAAAACACACUUGGUGAAAAGUUUUUAUUACGAUGGUCAGAAAAUCCUGCGUUCAUUUUUCUGAACGUUUUUCAUAAAAUCCUAAGAUGGAAAUGGCAUGUUGCAAACAUUUAGAAAGUAAAGUGUUUACAACAUUGUGGCAGAAAGUGAAAGUCGUUGAGGAAACGCUGGUAUGAGUGGUUCUUCAGUCAUUCACUGACUGAUUUCUGGGAUCGAUUAUUUCUGCUUUAAUUCAUCCAGAAUGCUCCAAACCUCAAGAAACAGGUUUAUGUUCAAAAACAUCAGGAAAGGAAAGUGGUAAGCUGUACUAAAUUAAUUCAUGUGUCUUUGAUUUUUGCAGUAAUGGUUUUCUCAUCAGCAGUUCCCCAGGAUGACCUCUAGGUGUCGCCAAAGGGGUUAGCAAGCCUCCCUUUGAGUUGCUAGAACUGCACACGGUUAAUUUAUUCUUGAUUUAUAUGAACUUUUGCAUGAAAAAAGGUGAAGGCCAGAGCUACUCUCUAACCUACAUGGACCUAAAAUACAAAAAA